GCCCUGGUGACCGCCGUGACUCGCUGCACCUCCCCAUAUCACCCUUGGUCCCGUCUUCUACAUCCGGGCGCCGAAGCGCACGCCUCAAACCAUGAAGGGCUUUCGGCAGAGAGUGUCCGACAAGCUUCGUGCCCAUGAUUCCAAAUCAUCCUCCAAGAAAAAGAGUGAGUCGGGCACCUCCUCACCCUCCCACGGCGGCUCUCAGUCGCAAUCGCCUGCCAGUUCCGCCCAUGCCACGCCCACUUCCUCAACCACUCAACUAGCUACCGAUCCCCGCAACAAGCCUCUUCCGUCCAACGACAAUGCCGCGGGCGGUCCUCAGGGCUCGGCGCAGCCAGGCCAGCCCGGCCUUCCCAGCUCCCUGGCGCCCGGCGCACAGUUCAUGAGCGGUCAGCCUCAUAUGCCUCAGGGAGCGACGAACAACGGCAUGGGCGGCGCUGUGCCUGGCACGCCGAACCGUGGUCAGGGUUUGGCGCCUAGUGUUGUCAUCAGCCCUAGCGCACCUCACAUCCCACCACCCGGAGCCGCUGAGACCAUGCCUGGAGACCUGCUCCCCCCGAAAGCCGGCUCGAAAUCUCUCCUCUUCGAUCGUUUGCAGACCACCCCCAAGGAUGUUGCCGAGGGCAUCAGAACCCCAAAGCGACAGCACUCGUCGCGCUUCGACAUCUCCGACCAAAGACAACGCGAGCUCGAGAAGCUCCCUGGAUUCCACGAGGUCGCCCCGAACAAACGGGAGGAGCUCUUCAUGCAAAAGAUCGACCAAUGCAACAUCAUCUUCGAUUUCAACGAUGCCAGCGGCGACAUGAAAUCAAAGGAAAUCAAGCGCUUGGCGCUGCACGAGUUGCUGGACUAUGUUGCAAACAACAGGCAGGUCAUCACGGAACGGAUGUAUCCUCGCGUCGUCGAAAUGUUCGCCAAGAACCUCUUCCGCCCUAUCCCGCCGCCGAUGAACCCGCAAGGCGAAGCCUUUGACCCUGAAGAGGACGAGCCUGUGCUUGAGGUCGCCUGGCCUCACAUUCAGGUCGUGUACGAGUUCUUUUUGCGCUUCAUUGAAAGCCAGGACUUUAACACCAACAUCGCCAAGCAAUACAUAGAUCAUGGUUUCGUUCUUCAGUUGCUUGAAUUAUUUGAUUCUGAAGAUCCCCGGGAACGUGAUUUCCUCAAGACGACUCUCCACAGAAUCUACGGAAAGUUCCUCAACCUGCGUUCUUACAUCCGUCGGUCCAUCAACAACGUUUUCUUCCAAUUCAUCUACGAGACCGAACGCUUCAACGGUAUUGCCGAGUUGCUGGAAAUUCUCGGUUCGAUUAUCAACGGUUUCGCUCUCCCAUUGAAGGAGGAGCACAAGCUCUUCUUGACCCGAGUCUUGAUUCCCAUGCACAAGGUGAAGAGCCUUAGCAUGUAUCACCCGCAGCUUGCGUACUGUAUCGUGCAGUUCCUUGAAAAGGAUGCUGCCCUGACGGAAGAGGUGGUCCUGGGUCUCCUCCGCUAUUGGCCAAAGGUCAACAGCACCAAGGAGGUGAUGUUCCUGAACGAGGUCGAAGAUAUCUUUGAAGUUAUGGAUCCGGCCGAGUUUGCCAAGGUUCAAGAGCCGCUGUUUAGCCAAUUGGCCAAGUCGGUUGCUAGCCCGCACUUCCAGGUUGCCGAGCGCGCGCUCUAUUUCUGGAACAACGAGUACUUCUGUAACUUGGUUAGCGACAAUGUUGAAGUCAUCUUGCCCAUCAUGUUCGCCCCCCUGUAUGAAAACUCGAAGGGUCACUGGAACAGAACGAUCCACGGAAUGGUCUACAAUGCGAUGAAACUUUUCAUGGAGGUUAAUCCUCAACUCUUUGACGAAUGCUCGCAUGAAUAUGCCGAGAAGCAGAACAACGCCCCUCAGGAGCAGCAAUCGCGGCAGUCGAGAUGGGAUAAGCUGGCUGAGCUUGCGGCCGCCAGGCAGAAUGGCAAGGUCGACGUCAAGCUCCCCGCGGUGACCGCAACCGGAUCAAAAGUCAGCUCCCCCACGCGCGCGGACGACAACGACCCCUUGAGUCAGGACAGUCAGCGCAGGCUUGAAGCGCUCCGGCUGCAGGACGACGCCAUGUCUAGUCAGCGAAGGCCCAAAGACUAUGCGGUACGUUAAGUCCGUAUGCUGUUUGAUGCGUCAGGUCCCGGAGCGAGCGUUGCCACAUUACAUUUUGUAUACUUUUUCUUCUCUCUAGAGCAGGCAGGGCAGGCUACUAUAAACACGUUUCCUUUCUUUUUGAUUUAUUUAGCGGAUCGGUGUGCUUACUCACAGCUCCACUAACCUGCCCUGCUUACAGAGGCGUCACCAUCAGUCGUCAUCCGUGGACGAGACCAGCAGCAGGCGUGCAGGACGAGCUCGGAGCAACAGCCGACCUAGCUCUGCGGGGG